GUACCUAUGCAAAUUGAAAUCAUAUGUUCGCAAUACAGCUCAUCCAGAGGCUUCAAUAGCGAAUACAUUUUUGGCAGAUGAGUGUAUGGUGUUUUGUUCUAGGUACUUAGAAGGUUUCUCCACAAAGCAUAACAAACCAUCAAGGAAUGAGGAGAACCAGGAUAAUCAAGAAUCUGACUUAUUUGGAGAAGUUUCCUCUUUGUUUCCUCCUGUAGGAAAACCAUUGGGAAGACCAUCCAGUUUUAUUUUAACUGAUCUAGAGAAACUGCAAGCACAUAGAUAUGUACUAUACAAUUGUAAAGCUAUCAUUCCGUACUUGAUAGAGCAUGUUGCUGAUCUCAAAAGAAGAAAUCGUCAACGUCGUCUAUCUUUGAAACAAAUUGAGAAUAUACAGAAUAAAGAGUUUCCGAACUUGUUCAGAGAACAU